UACUCUCGAAACUUACUGUGCUGCCGACAACUUCUGAUACCGUAUUCUGGGAUGAGGACAGAGCUCUCCGUUACUCGGGUGCGCCUAGUUUUGGUUGGAAUGGCCCUAGCAUUAGCUGCUGCUGCUGGUUUUCUAAUUGGGGUCUUUUCCGAACUGAAGGGCCGGCCCCACCUGAACACCCCCCGCCCCCAAGGAAUUGUGCCUCUGAACGCUACCGAGUUGGCUGGCCUGUUUUCAAGUUCAAAAGCCUCCAUGAUCCUUAAAGCGACCGCCUGCAAGGAGCAGACGAUGGGGCAGAUUCGCUGGGCCAGCGUGCAUAACUCGCAGCCGGCCGCCCUGGUGGAGGACGAGCGGUGGAUCCGGGUGCACGAGUCGGGGCUGUACCUGCUCUUCUUCCAGGCCGUGUACCAGCUGAGCGCGGCCGCGGCGGGCCCCGGGAACGGCACUCUGGCCCUGGAGUUCCGGGUCCUGCUGCGCUGCCAGGAGCAGGAGCCGAGGCAGAGCACGGUGGAGUUCUCCUCCGCGUUCCACACGCACUGCUGGGGCUCGAGGGAGGCCGACGUCACGCUCAGCCAGUCCGUCCUGCUCCAGGCAGAAGCGGGGGAUCACAUCGCUGUAAACGCCAGUCACCGGCACCUGAUGGACUACCACGCUAAUCCCCUCUCCAGCUUCCUCACGCUGCUGAAAUUCUCCGACGCCGACCACUGAACGCGCCCCUAACAUAGCACUCCUCACGAUGGAGGCAAAUUACUUCUGGUGAUGUAGUUGGGAAGAAAUCUAUUGCUUCUAUUUUAAUAUUUUGAUAUGAAAAGCAUAUUGUUGGUAGUGUGCAUGAUCCUUGUUCCUCUAUGUUCUGUCAUUUAUAUUUUUGAACGCACAAUGGACGUUCUUGUUAUUAUUAUUAUUAUUAUUAUUAUUAUUAUUAUUACUAUUAUUAUUAUUACUAUUAUUAUUAUUAUUAUUAUUAUUAUUAUUAUUACAGUUAUUGUUAUUGUAUUGAAGUUGUCAAGGCACUGGUGCCAUUGAAUUUUUUUUCAAUUUAAUUAAUUUUAUGAUAUUAUUUAAUGGCUUUCUUUCCGUUUGAUUGUACAGGUUUAAGCUAUUUUGAAGCAUAUCAUUUUGUAAGAUUAUGAUGACCUAUUUGUCAUCAUAACAGUUGCAUCUAACACAACACAUCACUUUGUUACAGAAUCCUUAAUAUUUCCAACAGAAACGUCAUACCAUAAAGAACAUUAAAGAAACUUUUUAGGAAAGCUUCUUUAUGCUAUGGUUCCAACACAAUUCCAACACACUUUCAUUUUGAAUUGCCCUGUACAUAUUAUUGUAUGGACUGCCAUUAAAUUUGCUGGCAAUAGCCAAUUAUUUAUUUCAUAAGCUAUUUUAUUACAGCGUAUGCAAUAGUAUUUGAUUCAAAAAAGACAUAGCCUAAUGAGUGCAUACAAAAUGCUUGGGUUUUUGCUUUCCAGUAUGUGACUUCAUUGACUUACCGAACAGGGUAAUGUUGGAUACAAAUCUCCAACACAAUAACAGCUCUGCACAAGUGAGAGUCAACAGCUUUAUUUAAUAUGCAUAUCAGGUCCAGCGCUUCCAAAGCGGAGAGCAGUGCCUUAUACUUUGUUACAGCUUAUAUACACAUUCUGUUGCUGGGGGAGAGUGGGGCAGUCCCUAUCUCCCUCCAGUCAGCAGCCAACACAUGCACCAAGAGAAACAGUUCUAAGCUCUGGGGUCAAUCCAGUGUGGCCCCCUCUUUCGUGGUUAGGUGUGCUCCUGUUUUUCUGCAAGCUCAUGAUGAUAUUUGAAACAAAUGUUUCUGAUUAUCUUAUCUUACUGGUAUUCAUGCCCUAUGACACAUAUUUGCCCAUGUUGCUACAGUUCAGUGGAAAUGUCCUCUGGUAGACAGCUUCUCUCUGCAUGUUAGUAUAAGUGGGCACAUAUUAAUACUUUGGACAAAUUACACAGUUAAUGCCAUAUGAGCUAUAUUUUGUGAACCAAUAAACAUUUUUCAUUGUACAA